AUGUCUGCUUCCGAUAGCAAGCAAGUCGCCCGCGAGCAGCCCGCUGCGCAAGCCCGCUCCUUUCCGGAAUGGACCACCGAAGACGACAGUGAUAUUGACAUUGCCUCCAUCGCCGAGGAGCACCGCGCGCGCUUCCGCGCCGCCAGUGUCGCAGGGCGACAGAGAUACAAGACGACGCCGCUUCGUGAGCUGCCCGCCAUCCUCCGCCGCAGGGAAAUCAGCAACGAGGCCCACGAGAUCCGCGCCCUCCUGCAAGACCGGAAGCUCGGCCACGUCGCCAAGGGACUCGAGGCUGCACAAUCCGACCUCGUUCACGGCGUGGGCAACGCGGUCGGCGCCGUCGCCCAGGGCUUCCGCGACUCGGGAAGCUCGGCCGUGGCGGCCUUUGCAGACGGCGGAGGGGUUGCCGGCGCCGUGGGCGCCGCGGCCGGAGCAAUUCACAAUGGGAUCCAAAAGGGCGCCAGCGGCGCCGCCAAUGCUGUUGCCGGCGUGGGCGACGCCUUGUUCAACGCCCUGACUGGCAGCAGCGAGAGCGAAUCGUCGGGAAAGGAGUCUGGCAAAGAGUCGGGAAAGGAAAGCGCGACGGAAUCAAAGACAAAGGAGACUCAAGCUCCGAAAACUCAAGAAGCUCCUACUUCCAUUGAGACAAGCGAGCCCCCUCGAGUGACAGAGGCACCGACAUUACCUCCUCCGCCUCCGCCUCCGCCACCACCACCACCGCCAGCCGAGACUAGUCCGCCACCCGCCGAGACUAGUCCGCCGCCGGAGUCGAGUAGCAAGGACCCGGAACCUCCAAGACCGACGGAAAACCCAAUCGAUAACAUCCCGCCUCCAAAGGCAGAGCAGCCGUCGACAACGUCAGAUGAGUCGUCUGAUAUAGAGUCCAAGACUUCGACUGAGCGGUCCUCAAAGACAUCGACAGAGGACUCGACUACAACUGCAGAUGACAACCAAAAGAUAUCCCUCAGUACCAUUGUUCCGGGUGCAACCGUGACAAGCGAAAGUGGCACCCGUCUGUUACUGACCCCCAUUUUGUCAAGCGCGCUGCCUGCCGUCACCUCCAGUACCAAAAAGAGCACGGCCACAAGUGACAAUGACUCCACGACGCCGUUUGCCGUGGCCCCUGGCCCUACCACAUUGAGUACAAGCAUUUCCACGUCGUCGAACCUUGUGCCCGGACAGUCGGGGAGGCCAUCGAUCGGAAUCAGGCCCCAGAGGCCAGACGGCGAUAGAAAUGGGAGUGGUGGUGGCGGCGGCGGCGGCGGUUCACGCGGCGGACUGAGCUCUGGCGGCCAAGAUGCUUUAAUCUCCAUUGGCGUGUUAGUCCUCACAGUCGCGGUCUGCGCUUUCUUUGGCAUUGGGUAUUACUUUUGGCGAAAGGGCAAGCAGAGGAUCGACUCGGCUCAUGGCGGUUCCUUCAACGCCAUGAUGAAACCGCAACUUGACAGAGCGAAACGUGGGUUUGCCAACGUGGCUAGCAGGAUUCCCUACGUCCGCGACAAGUUGUUCAAGAAGAAUAGCUGGGAGAAUCUCGACGGCUCUACGAGAGGCCGGUUCACAGAAAAACGGCUGAGCUCAUCCACUAUGGCUUCGGUAGCCGGCCGAGUGCCGCCUGGAAACUCGAGGCUCGAACCCAUCACAGUGCAGACCACCUUUACGCGACGAAGCUCGAUUGCGUCGCAGUACAAGAACGCCGCUGCCGUGGGCGGUACGGUGUCCUCUGUCGGCGUCUCGACCAUGGGCGUUUCCACGCUCGGCAUCUCCCAAGCAGGCGACAUGGCUGCCCUGGCGCCGCCCGCCCCGACCGCGGGUCCUCCGGGCCUGUCGCCAUUCGCAGACCCCAGCGACAUGGAAGCCACACAGUCGGCGCAGCCGCUAGCGCAGCGCGCCUCGCUUGCCAGGCAGCUCGUGGGCACCAACCAUGGCCCCAAGCCGUCGCUGUCCUCCAUCACGCCCCAGUACAACCUGACGCUGCUGUCCGCCAUGGCCAGCGGCGGCGGCGGCGGCGGCGGGCCGCGCAUGAGCGACCUCUCCUCCCUGUCCUCGGGCUUUGGCGACGGCGACAUUGUCGUGCCCAGACAGGCGCGCAAGUCCACCACCGGCGCCAGCAAGCUGCAAAACGUCACCAGCACCGCCGACCUCGAGCAGCGUGGCACCAGCCGCCACAGCACCGCCACCACCAUGACCACGACGGAAUCGGGGUCCGCGCGCCGCGACACCGUGUACACGGAGGCGUCCGAGGACUCGCCGCCGCGCUUCCGCACCGUCAGCGCAUGGGUCCGCCAGCAGUCGGGCCGCGUCAAGCGCGAGAAGCAGCGCGAGCAGGACGCCGCGGAUGAGUCGGGCAACCCGCCCCCGGUACCGGCUAUCCCCCCUGAGCAGGAGUUUCGUCUCAUGAUGCCGGAUGGUCAGGUGCCGCGACCUGUCGAGGACACCAACGCCAAUCAGACCAAGGGCAGUCCUCCUGGCGGCGUGACUGGCGCGGCUAGCUGA